AUGAUGGAGGUAGCAGCAACGACGGCAGCCGCCGUCCGCGGCAUGUUCAAAUCAACACACCCUGUCAAAGCAAAAUGGGAGCGCAUAAACAGCACCCCACUACCCCGCUCAUCCCACAGUCUCUCUGUGAUCGCAGGCCGAGCAUACAUUUUUGGUGGAGAAGUCAAUCCUCGAGAACCAGUCGACAAUGAUAUGCACAUUAUCACGCUUCCCUACGAUGCUUUUUCGUCUGCCGACUACCGAACAAUUCCCGCGAAGCCAGAAACUGCGGGAGGCGAGGUGCCAGAGAAGAGAGUUGGACAUACGGCUGCGGUCAUUGGAGAGAGGAUAUUUGUUUGGGGCGGAAGAGGAGGGAAGGACAUGAAACCGUUGGAGGAGAGGGGGAGAGUUUGGGUGUAUGACACGAGGACGGAUACUUGGUCGUUCUUGGACCCUGUGCCUGGUACUCCAUAUCCAGAAGCACGAUCAUACCACACGAGUCUUGCAAUUGAGAAGCCUGAGCCCGGAAAUAUGAAGAGUGUAAAGAUUGACAAUGCUACUGAGCUUCCAAAGGCGGGAACAAUUGCAGAAUCCGCACAGACAGAUGAGGAGAAGGGUGGAUUUGGAACGCUGUUUAUUCAUGCUGGAUGCCCGGCGAGCGGUAGGACGAAUGACCUCUGGGGAUUUGAUGUCAGAAGUCGCACUUGGAAGGAGUUUCCUGCUGCACCUGGAAACCCGAGAGGAGGUACAUCGAUUGCCGUGUCGAAAAAUAGAAUCUAUCGAUAUGGAGGUUUCAACGGCACAGGUGAAGAGGGUGGCAAAGUUGACAUUCUGGAGCUGGGUCUGGAUACAUUCAGUAGUAUUGGUGCUUCUGAAGAUACUGCGGUCAUUCCCAAAGGACAAUGGGAGACUUUGAACUUCGAGGAAGAAAGUAUGAACUUCCCUGGCAAUAGAAGUGUAGCUGGCCUGCAAGCAAUCACGACAGGAAUGGGAAGGGAAUACCUAGUGUUGCUACUUGGCGAGAGAGAUCCAAGUAAUGAUGGACACAAUGCCGCAGGAAAGUUUUGGGGUGAUGUUUGGACGUUUCAAUGCCCACCACGAGGAAUGACCGGUGCAAGUUUCAAAGAUGCUACAUGGCAGGCACUUGGAAAGGAGACUGGAGAAGGACAGUGGAGUGUAAUGCAAGUUGCGGAUGCCGAAGGUGCUGAAGGAGAAGAUGUUCACAAUCUGGUGCCUUCUCAGAGAGGAUGGUUUGCAUCAUCAACACUUGGAGAUCUGGAUGCCAGCAGCGUUGUACUAUGGGGUGGAUUGAACGGGAACAAUGAACGGGAAAGUGACGGAUGGAUAUUGAGGGUUGAAUAA